AUGCAAGAUUUGUCGAAUCAACGCCAAUCAAUUCAAUCGUUUUUUGACAGACAAAGCGAGAAAGUAAAAAGUGAUCGUCGAAUGCGCUUAAAUGCCUCAAUUGAUGUAAUGAGGUUUCUCUUAAGAGAUGGAUUUCCAUUUCGUGGUCAUGAUGAGAGUAAAGAUUUCGAAUACAAAGGUAUUUUUCUUGAACUUUUGGAAUUUCAUGGAGAUAAGUAUCCGGAUGUGGGAAAAGUGAUAUUACGUCAUGCUCCAAAAAAUGAUAUAAUGAUUUGUCCAACCAUUCAAAAGGAGAUUGUGGAUGCUUGUGCUAAAGAAACCUCUAAAGAUAUUAUCAAAGAUUUAGAUGGUGAUUAUUUUGGAAUAUUGGUUGAUGAAUCAAAGGGUAUCUCACAUAAGGAGCAAAUGGCCCUAGUUCUACGAUAUGUUAACAAAAAUGGGGAGGUGAUAGAGAGAUUUUUGGGCAUUGUCCAUGUAAAAGAUAUAUAUGCACAAUCAUUGAAGGAUGAAAUUUAUUCUUUACUUUUGGAUAAUUCAUUAAGUUCAUCCAAGAUACGUGGACAUGGUUAUGAUGAAGCAAGUAAUAUGCAGGGAAAAAUAAAUGACGUAAAUACUUUAAUUUUGCAAGAUGCUCCUUCUGCAUAUUAUAUUCACUAA